AUGGCCGCACCCAGGCAUUCGGCCAUGCUGUCCAUCAGCAAAAACGUCGGCACGCCGCAAUCCACAUCCAGCGACAAGACACAAAUAGCACAACAGCCACAAAGUCCCGCCCAAACACCCGGUCUUAGGGUCCCAUCGAAUCGCAAAACCAUCUACGACAGACAUCUUAAUCGGAGCCGCAAUGCAGAGCUCAGCCGCGCGAGCUUCGCAUACCUAUUCGCGGAGAUGGUCACAUACGCCCAGCGGAGGGUAACAGGGAUUCAAGAUUUAGAGAAACGAUUAAACGAACAAGGAUACCCGCUAGGCCUCCGUCUCCUCGACCUCCUUUUCUACAGAGCAACAUCCACCUCCUCCUCAGCUCUCUCCAGCUCCUCAACAUCUUCUUCACCUCCAAACAGACCUCUCCGCAUACUAGCUCUCCUUCACCUCAUUCACGGACCCCUCUGGCGUCUCCUUUUCCAGCGCUCAGCAGAUGCCCUCGAACACUCCGUUUCCCCAGAUACACCAAACGAAUACAUGAUUACCGAUAACGACCCCCUCGUCAACACAUAUAUUAGCGUUCCGCGGGAAAUGAACAUGCUCAAUUGCGCUGCUUACAUUGCCGGUGUUAUCGAGGGUGUCUGCGAUGGGUGUGGCUUUGAAGCGAAGGUCUCUGCGCAUAAUCAGCCUACGGAGAUGUGGCCCUCCAGAACUGUUUUUCUGGUGCGCUUUGGGGAUACUGUUAUGGAACGGGAGAAGGUUUUAGAGCGUCAGGGUCUUAAAUAA